AUGUCUCAGGACUACCCUCCGGUCGAGAACUCUGCCAUUAACAAGGACUUUGGCCUAGAAUUUCCUGGAAACCAAUACGAUUUUGAAGCUCAACAUCAAACAGCAUCGAACGACGGAAGCGCACAAUGGAAUUCUGAUAGUGGCAUCACCAUGUUCACCUUUCCCGAAGACUGGGCCCCAAGAACAGAAGGCAGUGAUCUGGAUGACGUUUUUGGAUACGGAAACAACAACGUUCAACAUCAACAUAACGCUACCCAAAGGACUGAACGAACACUUGAGCAACUUGUAGCGCAGCGUGUCCCAUACAUACCAGAUCCGCCUUAUCAGUUAUUCCAAAAGCCUACCAGCUUUGUGGGUGCCCAGAAAAACGCAUCCGAUGCGCGCGCUCAAGGUUAUCGAGGGUAUGCAACGCUCAAUCCGUAUGAACGCACUCAGACUACUGAAAAUGCUUCAGCGCGAGGUGGUACCUGUGAGUUGGCAUUCCGUAGUCUUGCGGAGGCGAAGAAAGCCAUGCUUUCCCGCCGUCUCGAUAAAGCCUGGUUCGCGCCAAUUGGUGACAGUACGAUUCCGACUAACGAUGAAGAACGAGCUACACAUGUUGCCGAACUGUUGGACGCAAUGAAAGAUACUUCGGCAUGCUCAGACAAGCGCGAGACACCCGCGUUCAUGAGCCGCUGGACUGCUAAUGCUAUUAACGCCCCACAUUCAACACAUAUGGAGAAGGUCUGUUGGCAGCUUGUUGAUGUCGCUGAACGUUUGCACAUCGAUGGUCCAGCGUCGCUUCCGAUCUAUGACAAGCUGGCGCUUGCAAUGGCCCGAAAAUCACGCUAUCUCACCUUUGGACAACGUAUGAGUCAUCUCAGUGCGCUGUUACGAUUGUCCAAGUACCUAUUGAAACUACAGUUGCAUCGCCAGCCCAGCGAUGCUCAGGCACCAUCGUAA